AUGCAGUUUUUUAUGUGACACAUACUUAGUACGAGCAACUUUAAAAAUGUGCUUCAAAAGUGGUGUUUUUUCAUGGCAACACACCGUUUCUGAUGCAGCCUUUGCUGGCGGAUUUUGACCCUUUUCGCUUGCCAUAGACUACUCACUCCCUGACGGUGAACUGUCGAGGAAGAAGACAAGCAACCUUUGGAAGUCAGUGCUGUAUUUCGGCCCAGCAAUGCCUUCGGUUAAGAGCUUAACAAUAGAAUACGACUCCCUGAAUGAGGAAGGGACGUUUUCCGAAGGAGACAUUAUGACUGGAAUAGUAACGCUGACUUUGCGUAAGGAUACUAAAGUUAAGUCGCUGUUUGUGAAACUGAAGGGAGACGCGGACGUAUUUUGGAGCGAAACCAGCGAAGAACGCAACGACGAGUACAGCGCUCAUACUAGAUAUUUCAAGCUGAAGCAGUCUGUAACUCCGAAGGACUCUGACGAAACCGCGUUGCCUCAGGGGAUCCAUGUAUUUAAGUUCCGCUUUCAGAUUCCACCAGGAAGCAUGCCAUCGUCGUUCAGGGAGCUCGAUGGGAAUAUAGUCUACAAAAUUGAGGCCAAACUGUGUAGAAGUUGGAGAAUGGAUGUCACUGCAUCGAAGGAGUUGCCGUUUAUAUCCAAGUUUCUCCCCAAUAUUCAAUCACCAAUGGUGAAAGGAUGGAACUUGUUUUAUCAGUUAAAAACUCUUCCUCCAAAAAAGUGACACCCAAGUUAAGUUUCAAAAAAACAGUCACUUUCUACGCCAAAGGAACUUCCAAGAGUUCCACAGAAGAAAUCAGUAGGAUGGUUUUUGACUCCAUUGAGCAAAAUGACGAAAAAGAACUCAAGUGUGUCAUGAAGAUUCCUGCCAAUCAGGCACCAUCAAUCCAGAACUGUGAUAUAAUUAAACUCGAAUACACCUUAAAGGUGUACCUGGACAUUAGUUUGUCUUUCGAUCCAAAGAUAGUCUUUCCCAUAACUAUUUUACAUUCCGACGUAGUUUCUCGCUUUCAGCGUGACGUCACUGGUCCUAGUGAUUUUGGUGGCCCGAGCAACAGCGACUUUCCUAAGCCUGCUGUCUCUAUGGGCCCUUACCCUGUACCUCCUCAAGUAGGCGGUUACGGAUACCCUGCAGGUCAGGGAUUUUCAGCACCUCCUCCAGAGUACCCAGGUGACUCACAGCCUCAUGCUGCUCCUCCAGGCAUGUACCCUCCUUUGCCUCCAGUGUCUGAGGGCUACGGCAGAGCAGUGCCACAGCAGCCUGUUCCUUACGGAUCUGCAGUUUCUACACCUUACCUCUCACCCACUGGCACACCUAUUGACCAACCUCCAUCAGCCCCACCCAUGGAGCCACAAUUUUCCCCACCUUCUCUAGCACCGCCGGCCUACAGCUCUUUGUUUUCUUCACCUGUGAUGAAUGAAGAUUUCCUUUCUCAGGGAGACAAAACUCCAUCAAAGUAAUCUAUUUAUAUCAUCCACUCCUUAUAUCUGACAUUUACGCCUUGUUUCAACUGAGGCUUCCAGCUUGUCAGAACUAACUGGACCAGACCGUACUACUCCUGACUAGACCAGACUGGACCAGACCACUCAGUAGGAACACGGUUUUAAUAACCUCAAUAAAGUACCACAUAGAUGCCUUGUGACUUGCUGUGUAAGGCAUGCAAAUGGCAUGCUAACAAAGGAUUAGCAUUUAACUUUUCCUCUUCUUUGGGGUCCAGAUGACUCCAACCACAUAUUGAUGUGUGAUUCUUUCCAUGACAAAUGUGGACAAAGGUGGACAGGAUUUUAUGUCUGCCAUGGACACUAGUGAAACUCAAAAAUCAAUAAUAAAAAAAAGUUCAGCGCACUGUCUUGUGGGGUCCAGAUGACCCCACUUUUAAUGUAAACAAGCUAAGGAGAGCGGAAGGGUUAAAAGUUCUUCACAAGAGAACAAUGUUUACUGGUGGGCUGUUGUAUGCCAAAAUAAUACUUUAUUAAUGUUAAGAGCUUACUAGAAAGCUUUAACCAGUAAUAGUUGCUGUCAAAGUAUGCAUCGAGAGACACUUAAUAUUGUACUACCCAGAAUUUUUUUUGAAAAUAUGUCUCUACAGCUUUAUGUAAACGGUACUUUCACAACUUCAAAGCCAGUCAUUUUUGUUUUUAUGUUUUAUUCAUCUUAAUAUUUUAACUUAGAAGUUGUUUUUACAGACUUUUUAUUGAUUUUACUAAGUGCCUGAAUCUUUAUCGAUUAUAUAAGUUGAAACAUUUAUUUUAACCUGUUUUACAUUUCUAAACACUGGGAGGAUCAGCCCCUUGAGAGGGCACAUCUCGUUUUCCUCGUUUCUUUUGCAGGUAAGCUCCUUGGGUUGAGUUAGUUGGGUUUUUGUUUGUUAUUUUUGGCCUUGGUUCACCCUGAAGCGUUUUUGCUUCACACUUGGUUAUUGUUUGGUGGUUUUUGUUCUUGUAAAUAAAUUUGUUACUUUUUAUGGA